AUGAUGGGUUAUGAAGGGGUUAGUGCUGGUGAAUUGCAGGGACUAGGCGUUGCAGCUUGUGCACAGCAACGUUCUGUUAGUCGCAGCUUCCCGGAUGACAGUGGAUUGGAAGAAGAUAAACUGGAUGCUUUUCUUGAAGCCUCUCAUAGGUUAAAAUUGGAUGAGAAGAAGGUAGACGACUCUGUCCUCGAUGAAAAGAAACAAUCAUCUGGUUCUGAUGUCCAAAAUUCUUUGAGGCAAGAGAUAAUGCAGCUUGAGAAAAGAUUGCAAGACCAAGUUGCUGUUCGUUGUGCUCUAGAGAAAGCUUUGGGUUAUAAAUCUUCCCAUCACAGUACAACAACUGAUGUCACAAUGCCUAAGCCAGCCACUGAACUCAUUAAAGAAAUUUCAGUAUUGGAGGUGGAAGUUGGGCAUUUGGAACAGUAUCUUCUCUCGUUAUACCGGAAAGCUUUUGAUCCGCAGAUAUCUUCAGUUUCCCCAUCAGCAAAAAACAACAGAACUAAGUCGCCCUUGACAACCCCCAGAAGGAGACGCUUAGAAUUUUCAAGAUCAGACAUGUCCUCAGAUAUGGCAAACAUGUCAAAUGAAACUAGUUCCAGUUCACGGAAAGAAACUAUAGGAGAGGAAAGACUUUUGGAUUCCAGUGUUCUUCGUUGCCAUUCAUCACUAUCUCAAUGCUCAGCUCCAUCAAGCAAAACUUCUCCUCCUCCAGAGCCAUUGGGAAAAGCUCUGCGAGCGUGUUAUUCCCAGCCUCUAUCAAUGAUGGAGUAUGCACAGAAUACUUCUUCAAAUGUCAUCAGUUUGGCGGAGCAUCUUGGUACCCGGAUAUCAGAUCAUAUUACAGAAUCACCUAACAAAAUCUCCGAGGAUAUGGUUAAAUGUAUGUCGACAAUAUACUGUAAACUUGCUGAUCCACCUCUUACAAACAUUGGUCUAUCAUCUCCCACUUCAUCCUUGUCAUCAAUAAGUGGAUUUUCUCCUAAGGAUCAGUGUGACAUGUGGAGUCCAGGGUUUAGAAAUGAUUCUUCUUUUGAUGUUCGAUUGGAUAAUCCUUUUCACGUGGAAGGAUUGAAAGAAUUUAGCGGUCCUUACAGCACAAUGGUUGAAGUUCAAUGUCUAUACAGAGAUAGUCAGAAAUUGGGUGAUACAGAACACCUUUUAGAAAAUUUCAGGUCUCUUAUUUCAAAAUUGGAGGAUAUAGACCCCAGAAAGAUGACACACGAGGAGAAACUGGCAUUUUGGAUCAACAUACACAAUGCAUUGGUGAUGCAUGCAAUUUUGGCAUACGGGAUUCCACAAAACAAUAUGAAGCGUGUUUUUCUCCUGUUAAAGGCUGCUUACAAUGUUGGAGGUCAUGUGGUAAGUGCAGAUGUGAUACAAAAUUCAAUAUUGGGGUGUCGAAUGUCACGCCCUGGACAGUGGCUCAGGUUAUUACUUCUGUCUAAAUCAAAAUUCAAAGCAGGAGAUGAGCGACAAGGGUAUGCAAUUGAGCGCAGUGAACCCCUGCUGCAUUUUGCACUUUGUUCUGGGAACCAUUCGGAUCCUGCGGUUCGUGUUUACACCCCAAAAAGAGUGAUCCAAGAGAUGGAAGCCGCAAAAGAGGAAUAUAUCAGAGCUACAUUUGGUGUAAGGAAAGACCAGAAAAUCCUUUUACCAAAACUAGUGGAGAACUUUGCCAAGGAUUCAGCUGUUUGUACUGCGGGUUUGCUGGAAAUGAUUCAAAAGUCUUUACCCGAAUCUCUAAGGAGAAGUAUCAAGAAACAUCAACUCUCCAAAUCUAAAAAAUGCAUCGAGUGGAUCCCCCAUAAUUUUGCGUUCAGGUAUCUCAUAAUGAAGGAGCUGGCAAAGUGA